CCAUCGCGGCCUUUCCAGCUCGUCGCCCGUCCAUUGAGGCCAACUCCCUUCAUUCGACGGGAGGGGUGGCGUCCCCAUGUCCGCCAUUCGGAGAGGAUUUGCGUCCUCGGCAGGCCGUUCGUGCCGUCAGAACACGUGGAGACCGAUGCUCAUUUAUAUUAAGUACAGUCUUCGUGUAACACGGCUGACUUGCAUCUUGUUUCGUGUCAGCGUUGCCCCGUCUUGGUGUAUUCCUCUUUGGUUGACUAAGGGCGAGCGAGGGAGAGAGCCAAGAGUAUGCGACAGUUACAUGAAUUGCGUACACUGAGAUUAUCUUCAGGUCGCGCAAGCGGCGGCACUGCCAUUUACCCGCGCUUAUCCAAGACGCCCAGAUUGACCACUCUAUACAUGUAACCAAGUAUAUCGAUAUACUAUAGCGACUCAUGCAGUUGGUAGUGUUGCCAGCGCUGUACAGCAACUGUGCCGCAAGCGCGCGUGCAGCACUAUAGACAACUCCUACAUCCAGUUAGACACCCGAGAGUUUCACGCAAUCACCGAUCGCGAUCGCAUGUCAGAAUGACUUGCUCCCCAUCGCUGUCCGUUGAUUGGAUUUGGCCGUACAACGCCCCGCAGUGGUUUGUUUUGGUAUUCGGUCGGGUAGGUGGAAUAUGAGAAUUCAUUGACGGAUUGUGCGUUGUCCAAUCCAAUGUCAAACAAUGUCAUCCCUUCCGUGCUUGCCGUCCUCGUAGCUCCGUCAAUGAAGGGAUGGUUCAGCGAUAAGAAGGGGAGAAAGGAUUCAGAGAGUUUGUUCAUUGUGUUCCAGAACACCAGCCGCUCCCGCUCCACGUUGCCGAAUUGCUCUGAAUCCGAUCAAACGCAAUCCACACCUAACAACAAUAACAUCAUGUUGCCUAUUUUUAUUUCUCCUUUCCCUUGCGUCCCAGAUUGACCCAAUGUUCCGGUACACCGGUUCCCACGUUUGAACCACUGACACGCAUACUCACACAUAUGCAACUACGGGACAAUUAUUGAUGUACGAAUACGGUAGUCACCUCCUAUUAUACAUGCACGCUGUAUAAUGAGUACACCAUCUACGUCCCAAGCACGCAGGACUAAACCAGGACACACCACCUGCACGCACGGCUCACUCCAUCCAAUCGUCAAACAAAAACCAAAACCCCAAACCUCCCCCGCGGCGUUGACACUAGCUAUACCCAAUGUGCAUCCUCUCCACUUUAUGCUGGAGAAACCCCACUCGUAGCGCAUCAGACGUCCAAGACCAUGCGACAUCGAGCCCGCGGCCCCGCUGCCCAUGCUCUACCCGAAGCGCAAUGGGGGGAUUCUCACACUACUCGAUACCAUACCAACAGCUAUCCGCCCAUCCACUGGCCCACUCCGAUAAACGGCCUUCGCUACCUGGCAGAAGAACCACGGGCAAAACUCCAUUUAUCUCCCCAAGAUGACCCAACUUCCGCAGACACCACAAACAGGAAAUGUAC